AAUACUCCCGGUCAAUAGAGGAGGCCCCACCUUUCGUGUUACCUACCGCCCGUCAAUCAAAAUACAAAAAAAUCUGACACUUAUCACCUAUUUUUGCGCGUAUACAAUCAAAUUAUUCUGCUUACAAUGUCCAGUGGUUUGUGAAUAUCAGGACUUUCCGUUUAGAGAGGAGUCACGCAAUGACUGCCCCAGAACAGCCACUAAAACCAGAUGAUAUGGCUGCCCCGGAUGCUGAUCGCAGUCAAGAUGAUUUUUUACAGCAAGAAAAGAGCAAUGGCAAUCAGACAUCAGAUUCGUCUUCGCCACUUACUGGGACUGACAAAUGGGAAGUGUUGGCUCCCACAACAGGAGCAAAUGAUGAGUCUGGAAUAAUACAGAUCCAAAGUCAGGGGAUAUUAACAUCAAAUGGACAGUAUGUUCUUCCUCUCCAAAACUUGCAAAGUCAGCCAAUUUUUGUGACGUCUGGAAUGAACGACUCAUCUGCCAAUUCAGUGCCUAACAUUCAGUACCAAGUAAUUCCUCAGCUUCAGACAGGAGAUGGACAGCUGAGCUUCUCCACAUCAGGUGUCAAAGGACCAACCCUGACUCAGGAUGCCACGGGGCAGAUUCAGAUAUUGUCUGAUGGGAGCCAGGGCCUCAACUUGACAUCAUCUGCAAACUUUCUUAACAACCAAAAUCUCAUUUCACAGACUGGUAAUGUCCAACAGAUCCAAGGGGUUUCUAUUGGCAGCUCUACAUUCAACAACCAAGGCCAGGUUGUUACCAAUGUGCCUUUGGGCCUGCCGGGGAACAUUACCUUUGUUCCCAUUAACAGUGUCGACCUGGAAUCCCUUGGCCUGUCAGGUGCUCAAACUAUAGCAACAGGGGUCACUGCUGAUGGCCAGCUAAUUAUGGCAAACCAGCCGGUGGAUAGCUCAGAGAGUUUGAAUAAAACAGAUGAUCACCUCUCACAGACACUAUCAGUAAAUAACUCAAAUGCAAAUACUGAGAUCUUUGUGCCAACGUCUUCCUCUCAGCUGGAUGCUCCAACAAAUGAAGCUCUGCUGGCACAAGACGCUUCAUUAUCAUCAGUUGCUGCAGAGCAAUCCGACUCGAGUUCUGGCCUUCAGGAAGGCUUCGUCCAAUCGAAUCAGGAGCUCAACAUCCAGGCAUCCUCAGCUCAGUCCAUCAUCCAACUGCAGCAGAUGCCUAUUCAGACCACCAAUGGUCAGGUGGUCCAGUCAGUGGCAACAUCUGGUCAGAACCUGCAGAAUUUGCAACUGAUCAACCCAGGAACCUUCAUCAUCCAAGCUCAGACGGUCACACCAUCAGGUCAGAUACAGUGGCAAACCUUUCAGGUACAAGGAGUACAGAACCUUCAGAACCUCCAACUACCCACCUCCCCACCCCAGCAGAUUACUCUGGCACCAGUCCAGACUCUGUCUCUGGGUAGCAUUGGCGCAGGGCAGAUUCCCAACCUGCAGACGGUCACAGUCAACUCAGCAGACCAACAGGAAGCAGACACAGAUUCUCUUGGAGAUAUUCGGAUCAAGGAAGAGCCUGACUCUGGAGACUGGCUGAGCACCAAUUCUACCCUGAACGCAAAUGAUCUGUCGCAUCUCCCUGGCAGCAUGAUUGAUGACGAAGAUCAGUUCGGUCAGGAGGGCAAGAGGCUGCGCAGGGUGGCAUGCACUUGUCCUAACUGCAAAGAGUCUGUGGGGAGGGGGUCCAGCACGGGCAAGAAGAAGCAGCACGUCUGCCACAUCGUGGGGUGCGGGAAAGUCUAUGGAAAGACGUCACACCUGCGAGCACACCUGCGAUGGCAUUCAGGGGAGCGACCUUUUGUUUGCAGCUGGAUGUUCUGUGGGAAAAGGUUCACACGCAGCGAUGAACUGCAGAGGCACAGGAGAACACACACAGGAGAGAAGAAGUUUGUCUGCCCGGAAUGUUCCAAGCGCUUCAUGCGGAGCGACCACCUGGCGAAGCACAUUAAAACUCAUCAGAACAAAAAAGGCGUGAGCUCCGGCAACACAGUGGUGGCCUCCGUGGAGUCAGCAGGUUCUUCUGACAGCAUCAUCACGGCCAGCGGAACCACCCUCAUCCUCACCAACAUCCAGCAGGGCUCUAACAACGCCCAGGACAUACUGGCCAACGCAGAGAUUCCCCUCCAGCUUGUCACCACAGUCGCUGCCAGUGAAGUUAUGAAGUGAUUUACUCUCUACUUAUGAACUCCUCUUAUACUGUAUUCUCCUAUGUGCAUUUUUAUUCAAGUUUUGAAGGAAAAUUAUAUAUAAACACAGAUUUAGUCCGUGUCCACGCUGUUAUUGUGGAGGAAGGAAAAGCAAGCGGCGACUAAAAAUGAGGAAACCAAGACGUUGCAGUAAACACACAAAGA